AAUAUUGUAGUUGCUCAAGAAAAAUUGAAAGUUAAGAAGUGUCUUCUGUAUCACAAUGGGCUAAAGAGCCUGUGGCGUUUUCUUUCUCGACAAAACACUUCACGCAUCACUCUGCCAGUCUUCCUUCUGACACUUCUGUGGCGCAAAAAGGAUUCAAAUCAGACCGUCCAGACCCCAUCAUCACCAACCAAAGACCUCAUCAGUUUCUAGUUAUGGUCUCCAUUCGCACCCUCCACAUCCAAAGGUAGGUCCUUUCCAAUUCUACCAGCUCAAUAAUUCUUCGACAACCAAAUUUAAACCUCUCAAUUUUCCACAAAACAACAUUAUCUCUUCACACAUAUGAGUACUUAAUUUGAUUAGGUUUCUGGUCAGCAUUGCAUUCGUACUUGUAGAUUUGAGUACUUUGCUCACCCUUUCCAGCGUCUAAUCUGAGGAACCCAGAAAGAGUACUUUGUUUUGAGCAAAACCCAUCUCCUAAAAUGUCUAGGAAACUCCAUGGAUUGGAGCAAAAAGAUGGUAAUUUGAUAUAUCCACCCCCCUCAUUGAUAUCCCCACCAAUACCAUCUUCUUCUUCUUCUUCAUCUAUUGGCAGUAUCAGUCCGGUGCUUCUUCUAGUUAUAGUAAUUGUAGCUGUUAUGUUUUUCAUCUAUGGGUUUGCUCAUUUGCUUUGGAGAUGUCUCACAAAAGGGUCAUCUUCCACCUCAAUCUUCCAUUCCAAUAGAUACCCAGAAACCUCUGGCUCUCGAGCUAUCCAAAGGCAGCUUCAGCAGCUCUUUCGGCUUCACGAUUCGGGCCUCGAUCAAGCCGCCAUUGAUUCUCUCCCUGUGUUCUUCUGCAGAGACAUUGUUGGUUCAAAGGAGGAGCCAUUUGAUUGUGCAGUUUGUCUGUGUGAGUUUUCUGACGAGGACAAGCUGAGGUUGCUUCCUGUAUGUGGCCAUGCUUUCCACAUUGAUUGCAUUGACACUUGGCUUCUUUCGAAUUCGACGUGCCCCCUUUGUAGAGGAACCCUUUUGGGGUCUGGGAUUUUGUUGGAGAAUCCAGUGUUCGAUUCCGGCGGUUCUAGGGAGAUGUCAAAUGCGGUUGUGAGUGAUGGGGAGAACAUGUGUUCGAGCGGUCGGAAAGGUUUGGUUAUGGAGGAAAGUGUUGGUGAAAAGAGGGUUUUUUCUGUGAGGCUUGGGAAGUUCAAAAGCUUGAAUGAAGGUGGAGAAAGUGGGGGGAAAGUGGGGGAGAGCAGUAGGUGUAAUUUGGAUGCUAGGAGAUGUUACUCAAUGGGCGCAUAUCAGUAUGUGGUUGGCGAUUCAAAUCUGCAAAUCGCAUUGUCCCAUGAUUGUGAUGUCAAGCUUGCCAAAGAGGGAGUUAGUAAUGGGAGCUUCUCAGUUAAUGGGAAUUUGGAGGGGAAGAAAAUCAGUGGCAGGCAUAAAGGUGAGAGCUUCUCGGUUUCGAAGAUUUGGCUUUGGUCUGCAAAGAACAGAGUCCCGGGUUCUUCGAAUGCUCAAACCGGUUUGCCUCCUUUUCGUGUCAUUUCUCCCAUCAAUGCUGAAACAUGAAAUGUACAAUUACGCUUAGAAGUAGUAAUGCUUUUUUUGCUAUUUCGUUGUACGACAGAUGCUUAAUUGUAAGUUCAAUUUAGCAAGAGCUUUGUUUAGCAGAGGUA